AGCAUGAAGGGACUCAUCCUGGCCCUGGUGCUCGCCUUUGUGGAGGGCCAGAAGCAGGACCUUGAGCCCAUUUUUCAUACUGGCAAGACCUAUCUGUAUGGCUAUGAGAGCUUCAUCCUGCAUGGGCUGCCAAACAGAGGCCUGGCAACGGCAGGGAUGAGACUGACCUGCAAGGUGGAGAUCAGUCGUGUGUCUCACAGUGACCACCUUCUCCAGAUUCAGUCACCAAAGCUGGAGGAAUACAAUGGCUUCUGGCCCACAGACCCCUUCACUCCGUCUUUGAGGCUCACACAGACCAUUUCUGCAUGUUUCAGCCAAGCCUUUAAGUUUGAAUACACAGAGGGAAGAGUUGGAAGUAUUUUUGCCCCUGAGGACUGUCCCAUCCUGUGCACUAACCUAGUGAGAGGAAUUCUGAACAUGAUGCAGAUAACCAUCAAAAAGUCACAAAAUGUGUAUGAACUGCAAGAGGCUGGGAUUGAAGGCAUCUGUCACACCAGAUACAUUAUCCAGGAUGACAGCAAGAAUAACCGUGCCACCAUUUCCAAAAGCAAGGACCUGAUGGACUGCCAGGAGAAAGCAGUGAAGAACAUGGGAAUGGCACACAUCCGACCUUGCCCCACCUGCACCCUGAAAGUCAGAAACGUUAAGGGUGUGGUGGUGUUCACCUACCAGAUGAAGUACAAUGACAGUGGGGCCUUGAUGACGUCUGCUACGUCCAAGCAGGUGUACCACAUCUCACCCUUCAAUGAAGCCAAUGCAGCAGCAACCAUGGAGGCAAGACAAGAACUGUCUUUGAUUGACAUUAAGGAGAGUCUCAACAGUGCAAUAAAAACUCAGCUGCAAAACCAGGGGAGUCUUCGUUAUCAUUUCUCAGGAGAGCUACUCCAGAUGCCUAUUCCUCUAGUAAGGAUUGCAAAUCCAGAUUUACAGUUAACAGAAACGCUGCAGCAAGUAGUUCAGCAUAACAAGGCAGGAGAGACUAAAGAAGCUUCAGCCAAGUUCUUACAGAUGGUUCAGCUUCUUCGCAUAGUGACCCUUGAUCAAAUUGAGUUUUCGUGGGUGCAGUUUGCCCACAACCACCCCUACAGGCACUGGUUUCUGAGUGCCAUCUGUGCUGCUGGAGCUACUGACACAUUCAGAUUUCUGAAGCAAAAAAUUCAUGAUGAGAAGCUGAACAUCUGGGAAGCAACUGUGGCUCUCCCUUUUGCCUUCCAUUUUGUUACACCCAACAAGCAAACCCUAGAAAUCGCCUCAACUUUUCUGACCUGUCCACAAAUCCAGAAAGUAGCAAUGCAUCAAAUAAUUGUUUACCUGGGAUAUGGUAGCAUGGUAAAUAAAUACUGUGCUCAGAUUUCACUUUGUCCAAAUGAACUUCUUCAGCCACUCCAUGACCUUGCUACUGAAGCCACCAGCAAAGGCGAUGCCAAAGGCAUGAGCUUGGCCCUGAAAGCCAUCGGCAACGCAGGAGAGCCAGCCAGUAUCAAACGCAUUCUGAAGUUUUUGCCAACGUUUUCCCCGGCUGCAGCUUCACUACCAAACAGAAUUCAUGUGGAUGCCGUGUUGGCCUUGAGGAAAAUUAGCAGAAAACAUCCUGCAAAAGUAAAGGAGAUCUCCCUCCAGGUCUUUUUGGACCACACGCUUGCUCCUAAUGUCCGAAUGGUCGCUUGUGUCGUCCUCUUUGAAGCUAAGCCUGCUCUUCCAACUGUAACAGCUCUGGCCAUCUCACUGCUGAAGGAGCCCAGCUUACAAGUAGCCAGUUUCACAUAUUCACACAUGAAGGCUUUGGCAGCGGGCAGGAUCCCACAGCUCUACAGUCUAUCUGCUGCUUGCAAUAUUGCCAUUAAACUACUGAGCCCCAGACUUGACAGGCUGAGCUAUCGUUACAGCAAGGUCAUUCACGUUGGUGAUUACUCCUCCGAGUAUCAGGCUGGUGCCAUUUGGAGGGUCUAUCUAAUGAACAGUCCCAGCUCCGUGAUUCCAUCCGAUAUAAUCACGAAAGUGAGAGGAUAUUACGCAAACACUGCAACAGAUAUUAUUGAGGUGGCCCUCCGGUCGCAAAGCCUGACUGACCUUAUCAGGAAGCAGAAUAUUUCCUUUGCUCAGCAUGAUACAUACAAAACACUGAAGGAACUCAGUAAAACGCUUCUGGGAUGGAAAGAACUGCCUCCUGAAGAUCCUCUAGUGUCUGCUUAUGUCAAAGUACUGGGCCAAGAGAUCGCCUUUGCUGACAUAGACAAAGACGUCAUUCAGCAGACCAUGCUGAGUCUAACUGGUUCAACAAACUGGCAGGCAGUGGUGAAAAAAGCGGUGGAAGAGGUCCAGCGAGGCAUUUCAAGCCAAUGGACCCUGCCGGCGAUGGUGGGUGAGCUGCGGCACAUUGUGCCCACGGUGGUCGGUGUGCCGCUGGAGCUCAGCCUGUGCGGCGUGGCGCUGAGCGGGGCUGCGGCCGACGUGGGCGUACAUGUAUCACCACCAUUAUCUGACAAUUUCAGACCUUCACAGUUGUUGGAAGCCAACGUGGAUAUUCAUGCUGACAUCAAGCCAAAGGCUUAUUUUCAUAUGAUUGCAAUGAUGGGGAUUAAUACACAAUACUUUCAGAGUGGUCUUGAAUUUCAUGCAGAGUUCAGUGCUAACACUACAAUGAAAUUUGAUGCCAAGAUAAACAUAAAAGAGAAAAACUUGAAGAUUGAAGCCCUUCCCUGCAAUCAGGAGGUUGAGCUCAUAGCUGUGAGGAGUGGCGUUUAUGCUAUUUCAAGAAACAUGGAAGAAGCAGAUACCGAAAAGAAAUCCCGUCUUCUCCCCAUGGAAGUACCAAGUACCUCUGACCAGCCAUUUCAAUCCCCAGAGAGGUCUUCAGGAUCUGAGUGGAAGCAAAGCAAUAAUCCUAGCGUGAGAUCCAAAGGAUGCCAGCAAGGUUCAGAAGAGAGACAUCACUGCAGUGUCAGAGGAAGACUUUACACACGCACCUUCUGUAGAAAAUUUGAGAGUUUGGGAUGUUCUGCUUGCUUCAGCCUAAAGUCUCAACAUUCUCCGUUCUUAAGAAAUACCUAUCUGCAAAAAUUAAUUGGAGAACUUGAAGGCAAAAUAGUUUUGAAGCCAGUUCAAACAGAUGCUGAUAUUGACAAAAUAGAGCUGGAGAUUCAGGCAGGACCCAAAGCAGCUUCCAAAAUAAUUGAUGUGGCAAGCUCAGGAUCUAAAGAAGAGGAAGAGCCAUCUCCAUAUGAGGACAUUCAAGCAAAACUGAAGAAGAUUCUAGGCAUUGGCAAUGUAUUCAAGGUCACAAAUAAAACAUGGCACCACAGGAGACGGGUUCACAGAACAGAAAAGUCUCCAGAUACAGACCGCUGGACAGAGCCCAGUGCAAGCCUCUUCUCCAGCUCAUACUCUUCUUCCACUGCUCCAUUUGCUGAUGGUAAAGAGCCUGGAAAUGAACACACAAUAAAGCAUUCUAGGAUGAAGCGUGGCAGCAGCAGCAGGAGCAGAAGCAGCAGUGUCAGCUCUGCUAGCAGUAAAGUCUGCAGCAGCAGUGAAGACCACUCUGGAGACAGGCACUGCAGUGGGGACAGUGAACAUUCCAGUGACCAGGCAAAUCUACCUGUUUACAAGUUUUGGUUCAAGCCAGCAGAUGAACAGGACCCAGGAAGGGAAGUCCUGAACAGCUCCUCUCCUUCAGCUAGUGGUGAAGGCAUCUCUAGAGCCAUGUCUCAGCCUAAAUUCCUGGGAGACAGCAAGCCACCAGUACUGGCUGCAAUCCUUCGUGCCAUCCAUAGAAACAAGCAGCCGACGGGCUUACAGCUUGUCCUGUACACUGAUAGCCAACCCAUGAGAUCCAGGAUGCAGGUGUUUGUUUCAAGCAUCACAGGAUCAUCAAGUAGAUGGAAGCUCUGUGCCGAUGCUUCCCUAAUAAACUCCCAUAAAGUAUCGGGUUCUCUUAAAUGGGGUGAAGACUGCAAGGACUACCAGAUUGCUACUCAGAUCGCGACAGGGCGUUUUGCUGCUUAUCCGGCCACGCAAACGAAGCUGGAGUGGGCAAAAGUACCUUCAACAGUCCGAACAGCUGCAGGAUGGUUCUAUUCAUUUGUUCCAGAAGCUGCAUAUGUGCUUGGGUAUUCCCAAAAGCAACAGCGUAGUCACACUCACCAGGCAACCCUGGUUAUGGCUCUGACAUCUCCAAGAACCUGUGAUGUGGUCCUCAGGCUACCAGAGCUCACAAUUUACAACAGAGCCAUCAGGCUUCCCCUGCUAUUCCAUUCAAGUCCAGGUAUGCUGACUUCAAUGCUACCAUCAGCAGACCAGAAUAUCUUUUCCCAAGCAACCCUUUUAAUCGCUGAAAACUUUAAAGCUCGCUGCUCAGUUUUCCAAAAUGUGAUCACAACCUUCAAUGGAGUUGAAUUCAACUAUUCAAUGCCUGCAAACUGCUACCAUAUCUUGGUGCAGGACUGUAGUCCAGAACUGAAAUUCCUGGUGAUGAUGAAAAUACCUGAGGAGUCGUCUGACCUUACAGCAAUAAAUAUCAGAGUCGCCAGCUAUGAGGUUGACAUGUAUGUUUCCAAUGGACUCAUCCAGUUGAAGGUUAAUGGUGUUCAAGCUUCAACAGAUGUUCCAUACAGAUCUAAUUCUGAUGCAAGCAUACUGAUCAGCAGGGAAAAGGAAGGCCUGUCACUAAAAGCCCCAGAUUAUGGCAUAGAUAAACUGUAUUAUGAUGGACAUAGACUUGAGAUUCAGGUUGCUUUCUGGAUGGCUGGAAAAACGUGUGGCAUUUGUGGAAAAUAUGAUGCUGAGAAUGAAAGAGAAUUUCAAAUGCCCAGUGGAUAUUUAGCUAAAGAUGCAGUGAGUUUUGGUCAGUCCUGGAUAAUCUCAGAAGACCCCUGCACUGGAGCUUGCAAGCUGCAGCGCAAACUUGUCAACACUGAGAAGCCAGUUACAUUUGAGAAGAAAGCAGCAAAAUGCCUCUCUGUGGAGCCAGUUCUACAGUGUGUGGAAGGCUGUAGAGCAACCAGGGCUGUUCCUGUUUCCGUGGGCUUCCACUGCGUACCAGCUGACUCUGCUCUCAACCUGGAAGGGCAGAUGAAGCUAGACAGGAAAUCCGAGGAUGUCGUGAGCAGAGUUCCAGCGCACACUGCGUGUUCCUGUGAACAGCAGACGUGCCCGGCGUGA